AUGUGGGAAGUCUGCCGCAAGCUCCAUCAUAAUCUGAUGAGCUCUGCGAGUUGUCAGCUCCCAGACCGGAAAGGGAUCGCCGAAAACCGGUCGGGAAGCAAAAGAGAGAGGCAGCCAAGGGUACGAGACCGGCCUGAAGAGCGUGAGGUGGAGACAUUGCAGGACCGGAGGGGCGAGCUUCGCUGGGCGAUCUCGGGUUUCAAUGAAUCAGGGUCCUGCCUCAUUCGGCGGAUCAGCCUGUGUAAGCAGCAGAUGACAAAGCCCAACAAACUCAGGGCGUCUAACUCCCCAGUCCUGGUUCGCUGUCUAUCGCUACGCUCAGCUCAACUGAACCUCACUAUAUUACCAGCGUGUCCCGUCGACACGCGGAUAAGGAUCACCCCCUUAUUCACGGGCUCUUCAAGUUCGCACAUUUCGGGGAAGCGACUUGUCCGAGGAGAGCGCUCAGGAGGCUUGCUUACCAUGCUUCCCAUGGUCCCCUGCCGAUCAUCUGAGCAUCCCAUCAAUGAUGGACAUUUCUCAUGA